UGUCGCAGAGCGAGGCGUUGUUUCUAUGGAGACCGGGAGCAGGCCAAGGCCUAAAGACCAUAGUGCCGUUUUCGAGGGACCUGAGAAGCGAUGCCCGGGCCCAGUGACACCUUAUGGGAUAUUGCUAAAGCGGAAGUAGAGAAAAGAGAAAAUCAUGAAGGCGACAGAGAUGGACUGGAAUGUUGGGAACGAUCAUUAUUCUUUGUAGGAAAUAAAAAUGGGGGAAAGACUACUAUUAUACUAAGAUGCCUUGACAGGGAUGAAAUUCCGAAACCAACAUUGGCUUUGGAGUAUACUUUUGGAAGAAGAGCAAAGGGGCACAAUACACCUAAAGACAUUGCUAAUUUUUGGGAACUAGGUGGUGGAACUUCACUGUUGGACCUGAUUCCCAUACCAAUAACUACAGCUAAUAUAAGGACAUUUGCUGUCGUUCUUGUUUUGGAUCUUUCAAAACCAAAUGAAAUUUGGACAACCAUAGACAGUCUUCUGCAAGUCACUAGGAAGCAUGUAGAAAGAGUUAUAACAAAACUGGGACAAACCAAUCCUAAAGCAACUACUGAAAUUAAACAGAAAAUGUGGAACAAUUUGCCAAAAGAUCAUCCAGAUCGUGAGCUGAUUGACCCAUUCCCAAUUCCACUAGUUAUAAUUGGAAGUAAAUAUGACAUGUUUCAUGAAUUUGACUCUGAGACGAAAAAAAUAAUAUGUAAGACACUUCGAUUUGUUUCUCAUUAUUAUGGAGCAUCUUUAGUGUUCACUAGCAAAUCUGAAGCUCUGCUGUUGAAAACACGUGCUCUUAUCAACCACUUGGCCUUUGGAUUUGAUAGAAACAAAUCCAUGUCAGUGGAUCAGAAUAAACCACUCUUUAUCCCAGCAGGAAUGGACUCUCUUAGUCAAAUAGGCCCCCCUCCUGCUGCUGAUAGUGAUAUUGGAAAGUUGCAUGCACAGACACCUAUGGAUCUGUGGAAAAAGGUAUUUGAGAAAGCAUUUCCACCAAAGAAUAUCGGUGUUUUUAAAGAAGUCAGGGACCCGGCUCAAGAUCCACAAUAUGCAGAAUAUGAAGUUGAUGCCAUGCGAGGUCAGAAGAACCAGGAAUUAGAACAGUACAAAAGAAAUGCCUCUAAAACUUGGAAAGAAAUGGAAUUUGACUCUUGAGUGAGAAAUACCUACCUUUCAACCACAUUUCUAUGUUGAUGCUGUAUUUUGUACAGUUGUUUUCUGUAAAUUUUGCACAGUUGUAAAAUGUAUAAAGUAAAAUUUAUAAAUAGUUCACGUUGUUGUUCAUGGUAAAUACAAUGGGUGAUGCCUGAAUCAAACGCAUUAAGAGGAGAUUCAGGUGUUGCAAAAACAUUUGAGGCAGAAACAUAGAUGCAUGCAUAGUGUAUAAUUAAACAUCAGAUAAGUGGUUUCUGGGAAAGUUCUAAGGAAAGAUAAUCUAAACAACAGGUCGGUGCUCCAGUCUUGAACUUUACUUCUGUUACAACACAUAAUACAAAGUUCUUGUGUUCACAGACUACCCCAUACAUUUCAGUGGAGGUAACAGAAAAAGACGUGUGUAUAGAUCAUCUCUCUAUAGUAAUAUUGCAAUGAAUGUUAAAGUAAAGAAUGUAUUAGAGCAAGAGAUGGGGAAUGUGGGUGCAGCCGCUCCUAUCUGCCUUAGCUAGCAUAACCAAUGGUGAGGGAUGAUUGUAGUUGUAGUCCAACAAUAUGUAGAGGGCCACACAUGCCCCAUCCCUGCAUGAAGUCUUCGCUGCCUGCAUAAAACUGUGGUAUGAUGUUUUUGCAGUUGGGUCAGACACAUAAUUUGCCAGCAUAACAUAAUAAAAGUCGUAUUUUAAUUUAGACUGUUUUAAACUUGUUGGACUAUAGUUUUUAAUUACGAAUUCUUUUUGGAGGAUGUUUUUG